AAACGGGAACCAGCAUGCCGGCUUGUGAUUGGAGGGUCAAUCCCAGGCUGACCUAUCGGGUCAGGCGUUUGGCGAUGAAUGAGCCCUCCUGGGUAUGAGCGCUCAUUCUACGGGGAAGCUCGCCCGCGGCCAGAACCAGAGGAGGUGGGCGUGUCUCUGAGCAGCGGCUCCUCCCCUCUGUGACACCCUGAGCGCCACCUUCAUCAUCAUCAUCAUCACCAUCAUCAUCAUCAUCAUCUUCAUCACCCGCCGGUCAAGCAGACGGGAGCGGCGUCGGCCAUGCCGGACGGGGGAGGCGGGGGGGACGGCGGGGGGGACGGGGCGUGGCGGACGCAGAGGGUGCUGGUGCCGGUGCUGGACGGGCUCAUCAUGCUGACGGGGGUGGUGGGACACAGCCUGGCGGUGCUGACGCUGGCGGGGCGGGGCCGGGGGCGGGGGCGGUGCCAGGGAGGGAGGAGGGAGGGAGGGGGAGGAGGAGGGGGGGCGCGGAGCCCCGCCCACGCCACCGACACCCUCCUCCUGGCGCUGAGCGCGGCCGACCUGCUGCAGCUGGCCUGCCUGCCGUUCCACACGGCCGCCAUCGCGCUGGGCCGCUGGCCCUUCGGCCGCUUCCUGUGCAAGGCCGUCAGCUUCCUGGGCGUGGCCUGCUCCUCGGCCAGCGUCUUCACGCUCGCCGCCCUGGCGGUGGCCCGCUACCUGACGCUGGCGCACCCGGCCUGGGCGUACCGGCUGCGGGCGUGCCGGGCGGGCCGGCGCUGGCGGCUGCGGCUGGCGGCGGCGGCCCUCUGGGUGCCCGCCGCCGGUCUGGCGGCGCCGCAGUUCGCCGUGCGCACCGUGGGCCCCCCCUCCGCCGCGCCGCUCGCCUGCUUCGCCUUCCUGUCCGACGUGGGCCAGCUGGUCUACGGCGCCGGCCUCUUCCUCCUGGGCUUCGCCCUGCCGCUGCUCGUCAUCGUCCUCACGUACGCCCGCAUCUACCGCUUCCUGCGGCGGGCCGGGGCGCCCGGCCGCGCCCCGCAGCUGGAGCGCUACCAGAGGCGGGUGACGCGCACCUCCGCCCUGCUGGUGCUGGUGUUCACGCUCUGCUGGCUGCCCUCCUACGCCCUCAUGUUCGGCCUGGCGGCGGGCCGCGCCCCGGCCUCCGCCCCCGCGCCCGCCUACCGCGCCUUCGCCGUGUUCGCCCGCCUGCUGGCGUCCUCCGCCGCCGUGGCCAACCCCGUCCUGUACGUCUUCGUGUCCCGCAAGUUCCGCCGGGACCUGGCGGCGCUCGGGCGGGGCUGUUGCCGCCGGCGCCGGGACACCGUUCGGCCCUUGGAGCCCGCGGAGGCGGGGGACGUCCCGCAGAGCUAG